AAGGAGGUGGAAAACUAGGAAGUAGGAAAGGAAGAGAGACAAUAGGAAGGAAGUAAACGUGUUGUUGUUGUUGUUGAAAGUGAAGACGCUCAAGAUAGAUUGUAAAUGGUGAGGAGGUCUCACUCUGUUUUUUUCAUGUGUCACAGAUUCAUAGUCAAGAUCAUAUCAGGUAAACAUAAUGAAACAUAAACAUAAAACUAAAAAAUUAAUCUUCUUCUACUAUAAACAUUAUAUCGUGGAGUGGCGCUGUAGUAUAUCGACCGAGAUCCCGCCCACACAUGCACUCCACCAAUCACCUGGAACUAAAGUUCCAGGUGUCAAUCAUGACGUCACAGCCCGUUGUGAUAGCAUCAGGUGACCAUACAGUCUGUGAUUUAAUAAACGCUCUAUGAAAAACAACCAAAGAAACAUCUUCUUGUAUGAGGACGAUCUUCGGCAGACCUCGUUACGUCAUGACGCAGCCGCUCCAGCUGUACGUCAGUGUUCUCCGUCAGUCGUCGCAGAUCAGGGAACCGACUGGUUCACUGACGGCGGAGCUCCGUUCGAUCUGCGCUCUGAGGUUGAACAUACCGGUUCUUCCGCGCCCAUCGGAGGAACCGGCGACGGCGGAACAAACCGGGAACAGAGGCGGACACGGACGGAGUGACCCCCCCGCAGGCUCUCUGGUUGUGUUUCCUGUCAGGGGGCGGAGCUCACAGUGAACGUCUGAGAUGUGAGUCUGAAGGACCAGAGGAGCUGUCACACAGACCAGGACCACACCCCCCCACCACCAACCAAUCAGUACGCAGUCUGGAGGACCAUCAUGCAUCUGAAGUCAUGUCCGAAGCUUGUUCGCUCCGAGCUGCGUUUGGACGCGGUUGGUGUUCAGACGUCGUCGCAGCGCAGCGGUCUGUUCGUGAGCCAGCAGGGAGGGCUGCUGAAGAGCAGUAACCAUGGCAACUUCAACAACAGCCGGCGCCUCCCGCUCAGUGUCAUCUCCACCAACACGCUUCGCUGCGGCAACACGGCAAAGAGCAACGUCAGCGUGGCGUCGCUGCGACUGAAGCCGCCCUGCAGCGCCACCCUGAAGCUCCUCCCCCCCGAGUGUGACACACUCACGCUGCACCAGACCGCCACCGAGGACGCCGAAAUCCCGCUGGACAUCUGGACCGUCAUCAAGCCCGGACAUGUCCGAGAGAAGAUAGCCAUCUUCGCUUCUGAGGGAGGACGGACCAAGGCCGGAGGCAGCGAACGCAGCUCGUCGUGUUCUGACCACGCGGAAGUGUCGGGUCUGACCCGCGGCGUGAAAGUGAAAGGAAGCCGGGAGGAGAACUGCAGUGCUAAGCGGCGCCGCAGGUCUGGAGGUAACCAGGUGCUCCAGCAGGGCCCAGGGAGCCAACACGACCACACACCACCUCCAAGCCACCUGGACGCCGCUCAGAGGUCGGCUGUCGGGUGGCGUGAUGGCGAGGAGGCGACCGAGGCGGCAGAGGAGGAGGAGGAGCCGAAUGUGUCGGUCGUGGAGAUGGUGGCAUUUCUGGAGCAGAGGGCGAGCGAGCAGCAAACAGACUGCAAACCUCAGCUCGCUCUCCAGAGGAGCUCCACCACCAUCACGCUGUCCAGAGCGCCUGCCCCCGAGGUCAGGGCGGGGUCAGAGGUCAGGGGGGAGGAGCUGGAGAGCAUCCGUGUGUCCGACAUGGUGGCCAAGCUGGAGUCAGAGUGUCUGCGGAGGAGGGGGGAAGGGGGCCUGUCGAGGAGCAACAGUCUGAGGACGGUGGGACGAGUCCUGCUCACCGCCGGGGACCAGAGCUCCGCCCCCUCUGUGACAUCAUCACUGUCAGGAACUCAGAGUCCAAUCAGCUGCUCAGAAACACCUUCCAGAGACACCUGCCUCCCCUCUGACCAUGCCCCCUUCCCGAGUAGUGUCUCAGACACUCAGACUGUAGCCCCGCCUUCUCAGCCAGAGGCGGCAGAGCCUCUGCCCGGCUUGUUGUUUCUGUCUGCUGUUGGCAAUUCAGCCUCCGCCCCUUCCCCCACAGACUCAGAGCCCCGCCCCCCUCCUGCUGUCGCUUCCUCUCCAGAAUCAGAGAAGAGUGGGAGGAGACUGGCCAACAGGUGUGAGGAGGAGGUCGUGGGCCGGCGUGCGUCGGUAGCGUCGCAGGACUUCCUGGAGAAGCGUCAGCGGCUGCAGCAGCUGUUGGAGCCGCAGCCGCUGCUCGCCGCGCUGCCUCACCACCUGCUGGUGAAGAUCCUGCUGCUGCUGCCGACGCAGAGUCUCGCCGCGCUCAAGUGCACCUGCGUCUACUUCAGGUUCCUCAUCGAGAACUACGGCGUGCGGCCCGCCGACUCGCUCUGGGUGUGCGACCCACGUUACCGCGACGACCCCUGCAAGCAGUGCAAGAGGCGGUACGACCGCGGCGACGUGUCGCUGUGUCGCUGGCACCACAAGCCGUACUGCCAGGCGCUGCCCUACGGCCCGGGCUACUGGAUGUGUUGCCACGGUGCCCACAGGAACUCGCCCGGAUGCAACGUGGGUCUCCAUGACAACCGCUGGGUGCCCGCAUUCCACAGCAUCAACGUUCCGAUUUACAGGAGGAGAAGCCACGACGACUGAGUGUGUGUGUGUGUGUGUGUGUGUGUGUGUGUGUGUGUGUGUGUGUGUGUGUGUGUGUGUGUGUGUGUGUGUGUGUGUGUGUGUGUGUGUGUGUGUGUGUGUGUGUGUGUGUGUGUGUGUGUGUGUGUGUGUGUGUGUGUGUGUGUGUGUCAGCUACUCCCAUGAUGCAACACCUGAUUGAUCUGUAACAUCAGCGUUGGCGCCUCAUGCUGAUCAAACCCCUUGUCGCAGUGUAAAGCUGUGACAUCACAGUCACCUGGUCACUAUGGGAGGAGUCCCGGCCAGGACUCACUGCCUCACUGAUCAUUGAUGUCAUUGUGAUGUCACCUGUUUAUCGAUCUUAUGGUCAAGGUGUCGUAUGACAGGGACCGAGGAUCCGCCCACACCGAUACGUAUUAGUUACAUAAACUCUGUUACUCUCUAGACUCACUGUUGCUAUGGUUACGCCUGGCCAGAGAAAACAGGAAGUGUAAAUGAUCAUGUGAACGUCUGUUCAGUCGUCUGAUGACACGACUGUGAGAUUAUGGGGUGGACGGAGCUUCAGUCACAGUUCCUCAGUUUGACACAAAAAAUUCACAAACUAUUAAUCAAAAAUCAAAAUCGAUCCGUUUUCUGUCAAUAAACUAAUGGAUUAAAUGAUGGAUCAUCUGAUCAGCUGCUGCUUUUCUUCACAGUUCUGUUGAUUGAUCAUGUGAUCGACAGUCGUAAGGUGUGUGAGGGGGCGGGGCCGCGGGGGGAGUCGUCAGUCAGCAGCUGAGUGAUAAUCACCUGAUGGGAACAGGAAGUGGCCUUGAACGUCCCGGAAGACAAUGCAAUAAAAAAAGUAGGGAUUAUAAAAAGUAUCAGGAGAAAAUCUGAUGGCCAUUUUGUUUUUUUAAGUUCUGUUUGUUUGUGUCUUCAGGCUCUUUGUUCUGUUGAACAUCUUUGUUCUGAUCUGCUUUAAUAAAGAUUUUUCCUCGUGUGAAAAACA